AUGCCGAAGACCUCGGACGUUUUCCCUAUGAACCAGGGUCAUACGAAGCAGCGGCGUGUUUCCCGUGAUGACCGUGUUCAAGUGGGCGACUCGAUCCAGUCGCAGGUUGAACUUGCCCGCGUUGCGAUCACACGCUUCAUGAAAGAGCGUCGAGUAGAGGACGUAGCACCGUUAUGCUCCCGAGUUCUGGUGCUUGACGUGCGACUAGCAUUGUCCGACGCAUUUGGCGCACUAUUAGAACAACAGAGCUCAGUUGCUGUUCUCUGGGAUACCGUGAAGCAAAGCCUCGUUGGACUCUUGACUCCAGCCGACCUGGCUGAGAUGCUGCUCUUUCUGCGCGAAAGCCUACAACGCGAAGGAACCCCGACCCCGAACGACGGUAACGAGCAGGGUCACCAAGACUCUGGUGCUGUAGAUGACGCCGACUACAAUCGGCGCGCUGUGCGGCUCCUCACGAGUCGCACGCUGGGCACUUGGCUAGAACUGUGCUCGGAGCAGUCGAAUCAGUCCAAGCUGCUCUCAAGAGACAUUACGGAUACUGGGCAAGGACCAGUGCCAGGAGCAGGAGCCGCUGAGGCCCCACCGGUGACCUUGGCGACCGCAGUUGCUUUCGCUGGGUCCGCACUCGAGAAACACGCUCCGCUACUGGCCAACUCGCGCCCGCCGCGUCCCAGUGCCCUGCAGCUAAUAUCCUGUCGAGCGAAUGGCUCGCUCUACGAGGCGGCUGUCCUGCUUCGGGAUCACGCGAUUCACCACGUUCCGCUUGUCAUUGGAGCAGACAGCACCGUGCUUUGUAUUCUGACGCAUGGACGACUUUUGGCGUACAUGAAUGAGCAGUUUGGCCUGUAUCGACUCGAGAAACAAUGGCAGCAACAGCAGCAACAGCAGCAACAGCAACGUGAGCGACCAGCUCGCCCUCGCACAGACGCGCGCGUUAGCGCACAGGAGCUGCAGACUGCAGCGUUGGACGCGAUGCGUACAUCGUGCACCCCUGAAGUCGAGGAGCUUGCUGUUGUCGUAGAUCUUUUUUCCGUUCCUAUAGAAACGCUCGGAAUCGGAACCUUUCGCAAUAUAUCGCAGGUACACCUGAAAGAGCCGCUGUGGCGAGCCAUCGCCAAAUUAGUGGACUCCAACGUGCAUGCAAUUCCUGUCGUUGAUGACACCGGCGCUCUCCAACAAGUCUACACCCGAGCAGAUGCGCUAUGGAUCAUUGCACCUGAGACAGUGACUGUACCCGAAGGCCGCCCAGCUUCUCCCUGGGGGCGACCUUCGGAAACCAAGUCACCAGGAGGAAACAUGGAAAACAUCGGUGCGCGUAUUGCCAGCGGAGGAGGUCGAUAUCACAUGCUCCGGGACCACGUUCUCGUGGAGGAUCACUUUCGCAUGCUGCGGCGGGAGGGUCGUAACCGACGCUUGCCUGUCACGUGCAGCCCCAGAGACACGCUGCGGACCGUUUUUGAACGCAUGGGUCACGACUUUCGUAUACACCAGGUUUUUGUUGUCGAUGAUCGCCAACACGUUUUGGGAGUCAUAUCGCUAUCGGAUAUUCUGGAGUUUUUCAUGGAUAGCUCCGCGAGUGUGCCGUCGUCUCCGGAUCUUCGCCACCACGACUCGCCGUUUUCCCAUACGGGCAUGGAUCUGCCCGUCCGCCCGAUCCUGUAA